CCAGAAGGCACAGUGUGAUUGUAGUGAGAGAAUGAUUUCCGUUGAAGAAUGGCUUGCAGAGUUGGCAAUGUCGUUCGUCUCCCUCACCACACCGAUCCGUACGCUUUCUCUCUCUCUUUCUCUCUUUCACUGUCUCACUCUUCCGUCUCUUCUCUUUGGCAGUUAAGCUGCUCCAAUCCACAAUCCCACCCACUUCCCCUCCCAUCCCAAUCCACAACAAUAAAAAUCCAAUCUUUUUUUCUUUCUAGCUGUAACCUUUCUCUCUCAUCAUUCCCCUUCAUUUAUUGCUUCCUUCUCAUAGCACACCUAUUCAUUCAUUGAUUCAUUGUUCAUUUCACUACUAAAUACAUAACCAGUAAACUCUCGGGUCAUCACUUAUCAGCUGUAAAGAAACUGAAAAAAGAAUUUUCUUCUUGUGGGUAUUUGAGUUAAGAGGAGGAAGAAGAAGAAGAUGCCACUGGUGAGGUUGCAGGUGAGGAAUGAGUUUGGUUUGGGGCAGCCUGAGCUCUACAGAGAGGCCAACAGGGAAGACCCUAAGGCGGUGCUUGAUGGUGUCGCUGUUGCUGGCCUUGUUGGGAUCUUGAGGCAACUUGGUGAUCUUGCUGAUUUCGCAGCAGAGGUUUUUCAUGGUUUGCAGGAACAAGUAAUGACAACUGCUUCUAGGAGCCGUAGAUUGAUGGUUCGUGUUCAAAACAUUGAGGCUUCCUUACCGCCAUUGGAGAAGGCUGUAUUGGCACAAACAAGUCACAUACAUUUUGCUUAUACAUCUGGUUGUGAGUGGCAUCCACGCAUAAAAACUGCUCGAAAUCAUUUCAUUUACAAUGACUUGCCGCAUUUUAUAAUGGAUUCAUAUGAAGAAUGCCAUGAUCCUCCACGCCUGCAUUUUCUUGAUAAAUUCGAUACUGGUGGCCCCGGAUCUUGUUUUAAGAGAUAUUCAGAUCCAGCCUUCUUCAAGAAAGCAUCAGCAGAUUCAGAUGAGAUAUACUCUGAGAAAACUGAAAAGGCUAGAAAAAGCCAUAAAAACAAGAAGAAAAGGUCUUCACGGAAGAAUGGAGAACUUUCGAGGCGUGAACAGAUGCAUAGCAACAGGAGCAGAAUGCAAUUUAUUUCUCCUACUGCCAAUGGGCAACUCUCUUCCUCACAAUCAGCCACCACAAUAGAUAUGAAAAUGAAAUCAGAUAUGGAAGUUCGUUCAAGUUCUUUUGAUUCAAAGGCUGGUGCUGGCUACAUUGAAUGUGUUUUCCAUCCAAGCUACUCUGUGCAAUCUAAUGAGCAGGAUCAUAGGGAACCACCCUCUUCAAGGCCAACACAGAAAACCGCCGCUUUUCGGUCAGUGUCUCCUCUUAUAGAUGAUAGUGUUUCACAUGGUUCAUUGGAAAAAAAAAUUGGGUCUAGUUCAUCUUGUGUUACUUGGGAUCAAAAGGAAGACAUAGUGGAAUCCACAAGUCAAGCUUCUGUUAAAGAUAAUACUCCUGAGAGGAUUCAGGAAAAGCAUGACUAUGAUGUGCUUGCAAAUGAGGAUGUUAACAUACCAAAUGUUGAUUGUCAUGAUAUCCUAUUUGAUGAAGAAAGCAACCAAAAACCAGACUACAGCAGGGUUCAAACAGAUGAUGUUGACAGUGAACCUGAUAGUUAUGUGGAUGCUCUUAACACUAUCGAAUCAGAAACAGUUGAAUCAGAACUUGAAAAUGAGUUUGCUUAUGAAACAAAACCCGAGGAGCAGGAGUUCACCCAUCCUGUUAUGCACGGGAGGAUUGAAAAUGAAGUUUCGGAAGCUCCACCUAAUAUAUUCAACAAUGAUUUAUGUGAUGCUGUUACUCAAAAUGGGUAUAUAGUUUCCUUGAAUAAAGAAACAGGAAGGGAUUUCCCUGAAGCACCUCAAGAAAAUCAUCAUCUAAGAUCAGAACCACAUGAACCAGAAGUGGCAUCGGUGAGUCCAUCAGAUGUUAUUGAUGGUGAAGAAAUGAUUGGAGACACGGAUUCCCUAAAUAAAGAAAUAUUCAGCAAUUUGUCUGACUCGUUGCAAGAUCCUUCUGUCAGAUCAGACCCACAUGAAUCAGAUUUGGGACCUUUGAGCCUAUCAAAUGUUCCAGAUGGCCAUGAAAUGACCAGUGAAGCCGUUUCAUUAAACAAAGAAACUUUCGGGAAUAUCCCUGGUUCACCACAAAAGAUUGCUUCUGUGGGAUCAGUGUCAGAUGUGUCUAAUUUGGCCUCUAUGGAUCAGCUGGAUUUUCCAGCUAGUGAUGAAAUGACAAAUGUAGCUGAUUCUCAUUCCUUUGAGAGCCCCAUCUGUGAACAGGUUCCUCUCACACGUGAAAGUUCUGUUUUGGAUCACCCGAUAUGCACAGAUUCCUUCAUUGGGUCUCAUACUGCGAAAGAUACAGUCUCGGUCGAUGAUACUGUCUCAGCCCACCUUGAAGUUGAUACGUCACUUUCUGAUUCUAAAAGCUCUAAUUUAGCAGAAGAAGUGGGCAGGAUUGACAGCAAUAAUUGCAAAUCUGAAGAGGCUCCUAGAGAGUCUUCUAGUGACCGUUCAGUGAGAUUCUGGACAAAUGGUGGAUUGCUAGGACUUGAACCAUCCAAACCUCCUGACUUCAACACGUCUAGUUCCUUAAGUCAAGGUUCUUUGCCCACAAAAAGUGAGGUGGAUGUCGGUUCACAUAAUAAAUCUAUGCAAAAAAGCAAUGGUUAUAAAAUGGGACAGGAUUUACCAGACGAGGUUGUUGAAAGGAUUUUAAAGGAAUCAAGUUCUAGAUGCUUAACAUCAAACCACAAUGAUGAUCAGGCUUGCAUCUCAUCAAAGAACUCUGGCAGUUCUCAGCCGAGUAAUGUAUGCAGUCAAACUGAGAGGAAUGCUUUGGGGGAGAUAAGGGUAAGUUCCCCUGGAAAUGUUCUCCCAUCUGGCCCUGAACCCAAUCAUGGCAACAGUGAAAACUCAUCACGGGUGUUUGGACUUGGUCAUAGAUUGUUACUAAAUAGUUUUCAACGUAAAGUUUCUCUUGAUGAAAGAUCUGCGACUUCUAAUUCUCUGAAAUCUAUUUUAUUGGACGAGAGCGUACAAAAUGGCAUUGCAAAGCAGUCACUUCCUGAGGCAACUGUCAAAGAGAAAGCUAAUCCCGGAUAUCCUAUAGAUUCUCUUCCUCCUUCGCCGCCGCUCGAACAUAUGAAGAUAUCCUUCCAUCCGGUUAGUGGACAUGAAACCUCCAAACUAAAACUGAAAUUUCCUGAAGGCAGUAAUCAUCGUGAACAUAUAAGGGAUAUGUUUCCGUCAUUCCAGUUGGUACCAGAGUCUUCCAUUCCUCUAGAUGAUGCAGGCUCUCACUCUGAUGGCGAUGACACUUUUUGUAGAUCUUCUCCUUAUUUAUCGGAUGAUUGUCUUAGCCCCCACUCCGAUGAUAAUUCAGAUCAGUGGGAAUCCGAGGAAACUCCCGAAAGCAGUGACCAUGGGGUAUAUGAUUCUCCUCACAGAAGGUCAUCAAGUGAAUCUAUGCUAAGUACAAAAGAACACGGUGGACUUUCCCAUGACGCUACGAAUGUCGAACCUUAUUUAUCUGUGCCUUCACUUGAUUUCCCAAGUUUUGAAAAUGUAAAUCCUGUACUUGAGAGAGAAAGUAGUAAGCAGUCCCAAGACAAUAAUGCUGUUGUGCUCCGAAGUAAUCCUGAGUCUGCACCGCCACCUCCACGACCACCGCCUCCUCCGCCAACACAAUGGAGGGUCUCAAAACCACAGUUGGAUACAACAAAUGGGACACAACAUUAUGUGUCUGAAGAUUCGGAGCAUAUUCAUGAUGGAAGUCUUCCACAGUCUACUCUGUUCCAGCAAUCUAGGCUCGCCAGGGUUGAGCAAAUGCAAAUUAACGACGACAAUUACCACUCUCAGGACAGCAUUAUACAUAAGUUGAAGGAUAAGCUGGAUAUGCCGAAGCUGAAGAGUCCGAGGGAAAUAAAUCAGUUGAGAGCUGCAAAGGGAAUGGAUGAAAGAGAAGAUUUCCUACAUCAAAUCAGAGCAAAAUCGAUGAACCUGAGGCGGACAGCAACAGAAAAGCAGAAUAAUGCAACCGCCAUGGGUCCUGCCGCCAGCGACAAAGUUUCAGCAAUUUUGGAGAAAGCUAAUGCAAUCCGUCAGGUGGUUGCUAGUGAUGAUGGAGAAGAUGAUGAUGAUGAUGAUACUUGGAGUGACUCCUAAUUUUAGCAUUAAAUUUUCUCCCUUUUUUUUAUAUAUAUUUUCAAUUUUUGGGAGUCCUCUGUGCCUUUGAGCCUCUUGAAAGUGAAGUUUGUGUGAAUAAAUCUGUGUAUUAGUAAAGUGUAGUGCAGCAUCUAGUUUAUCUAAUUUUAUUGUCACCUGAAUUUAUUUCUUCAA